GGGACAUGUAUCAUUUCCAACUUGCUUGAGUGAUGGCGGCGGCUUUGCACACAUGGAGAACUUGGUUCUGGGACGCUGACUUUUGGCUUCCCGUAAACUCUUCUUGGCAGAACGUUGAGGAAUCAAAGAAUCUAAGCUGGGGUCGAAACGGAGAGUUGUAUUUAACCUUUCCCGUGGCUAUAGUGUUGAUUAUUUUACGUUUUCUCUUCGAAAAGUAAGUGGAGUUGAUCUGUUCUAUCGUAGUAUUGUAACCGUACACGGCUUUAUGACCUUUUGGCUACAUAUGAGGAGAUUUUUGAAGUACAGUUGGUUAUUUACGCUAAACGACUUUUUCUUUUUGAAGAAUCAAGAAAGCAAAAAAAUCAUCGUUUUGAUUGAAUCGUCCGUAUUAGUAAAAGCAAGCAAGCCCGGACAAAUUUUUUUUCUUAUAUCCCACAAGCGAUCCAAAGGGUAAGCUUAUUCACGUUUCCGGAGUCCUUGCCUGUCAAGAGCUUUGGGGGACCGAAGGGUAGCGUCGUUAUCAUCAACCAAACUUCUUACAACGUUUAAGACUGGAAAAUCUUCAAGGGGAUUUUCUUAUCAUGGGCAUAGAUAUUUUGUGACGCUCUAGUAGUUUUAUAUCGCGACUUUAUUUAUUUAUGUGCUGUCAAAACUUCAGAAAAUGAAACCAUUGACCGCAACUUGUCACAGUAAAACCAAGCAAUAAUCACACGUUACGCAAAUCUUUAUGAAAGGUACUUAAAUUAAGUUAUAUCUUCUAAAUUUAGGGUAGUUUGGGGAAUCCAUAAAGGCUUAAAAUGCGUGAAACCAUAAUUUUUUUUUGGUAAAAGGUGUGACCUGUAGCCGAGAAUUUAAAACGUAGAAAAUUUACAUGUCUGGAUAUCGGAAAUACAAUAAAAUCCAUUUUUGACCAAACACCUGCUCAUUCAUAUUUUUGUUACCUUCAGAAAAGUGGUUUAAAAUCGACUGAAGUUCAGACUUGAAAAUUUGCAUUUAUGACCUCUUUUAAAUGGUUUUACAGUUACAUAUGUCCUUUGUUUAUUUUUCUGAUUAUAAUCAGUGCCCAACAUUUGCUUGAUGCACCUGUUCAUAAAGUGCUUUCACCUGUAAAAUAAAAAAAAAACAUUGAUGCACUCCAGGUGAUUAUCACAUAGCCUAGAGUCAAGUGAAGAACAACAACCUUCUAUUAUAAGCUCAGAGUGAAAAUAGUCUCCCUAAACUUUAGUCUGAAAUGUCAUGUCUCCACACAUCAACCCCCCUUCCCCCUAGCAGGGUGCUGUAGCUACCCCAGGGCUCAAAGUUAGCGACUAACUGGUCGCAUAUGCGACUGGAUUUUUGGUUGUGCACCUAAAAAUUCAUGUGUAAUCGCACCUGUGCGCCCUAAAACCCAAAGCACUUCCGACUAUACUUACGAACUCGAACUAGAAACACGGUGUAUGUUUAAUUGGUCUUUUCUCCCAAUGGAUUCUACGAACUCGAAUGUUCUUUUUCGUUUCGAUGUUUUAUGUCAUCCCAGACUCUUCUGUUUUGUAAUAAACACCGCUGAUACAUGCAAAUAUAUGCUACGAACGAAACACGUACUUUUUGCGCAACGGACGAUCAUGUCGAAUGUUCAGUUUUAACGUCAAUCAAAACAAAAACAGUGCGGCUCAAGAGCCUUUUUUCCAAGUAGGAAAGUUUUUUAAGUCGUAUUCCAGUUACAUGUAAGUCAUUGCGCAUUUAACAAAUGCAUUAAAGAUUAAUUCUGAUUCUCGUUCGACACACUCGUUGUUGUCAGUUUUGAUUUGUUUUUUGAAGUGUAAGUUUUCUUUAGUCACAACUGUACUGUCAAAAAGAGAAAUUAGUAUUAGAUAUCACAACGGCAUUACUGCGUAGCAAAUCGGCUGUGUUUUAUCAAUCACAGGACUGAAGUAAAAGUAACAAACUGAAGAUGACAAAUAAACGUGGCACUGUUAAGCUUCUUACUUUUUCUUUUGAAAUAGAUGCUCCCAACAUUAUAAGCUGUGCUCCUAAACUUUUCAGCUGUGCGCCUAAAAUUUCGGCAGUGCGCCUAAAAAUUUACAUCUGGUAGCACAAGUGCUCCCAAACUCAAAUUUAAACUUUGAGCCCUGUACCCCCCCCCCCCACCCCAUCCCAUCCCUUCAGAGAAACUACCUCCCAAUUCACAGUGUCUUUUGGAAUUUAUUAGCCAACAUGAUCACUUAUAGACUGUGAAGUUGGCAACAAUUUAUUUUAGAAAGUAAUGAAAAGCUAAGAUAAUCUACCUCUUGCAGCUAGAGAUCACAUAACCCUUCUCAUGCCAAAAUUGUAUCAUACAACCCUGAAAAUUCCAGAGAUACAAAGAUCAGCAACAAAAUAUAGUGGGUCUGCAAAUUUUUAGGUUUAUGAUAUAACAGUCACCCCCAUUGGUCUUGAAGCCAGUAUUUGUGACCUUCUUUGGGAAAACGUACACUAACGAUAUUUCGUUAAAUGGUUAGACCGUUAGCUGUCCAUUGGUUAUCCGUUAGAUGAUUCAAUGAAAAUCGUUAGAGACGUUAGGCAAUUCGUUAGCAACUAAUCCGUAUCCGUUAGAACGUUAGUUGUAUCCGUUAGAGGUGUUAGUCAAUUCGUUAGCAACUCAUGCAUAUCUGUUAGAGCAUUAGUUGUAUCCGUUAGAGCGUUAGUCCAGGAAACAAAAGUGUUAACUGACGAUUCUAUUGCUUUGCUGAUCAAGCAAAGAUCAGCAAAGGUUACAUUUACUUGCCAUAAAAACAAAUUGCACAAAAUUUGUUAUCUGGAUGGGUUUAUAUGGUACGGAUUAAUUUAUUGACCUUAAACUUAAAAGUAAUUCUAACAUUUGAUAUAAAUGCGAUGGAGCAUAUUUUAAACCUUGGUGGUGAAGAUAGGAGAAUGCUGCUUUAUUCAGUCAGUGAUGCUGGCAACUCAGGAAAAAGAAAUCCAUGUUCUCCCAAUAGGAUAUAAGGCCAGCUAUGUCUUUUUGGUUUUAGUCUAGAUAAUGUUGCUGGGUACAGGAGUCCUGUGGGAACUAAGGCCAUUAAAGUAUUUUCUUGUGAUAAACAUCCUUCAUACUGCUACAGGACUAGAAUUGCAUUUAAUUUUGCCUUUGAGAAAUAUUUUUUUUGUGGGAAAUGUAAAAACUGAGAAAGCCUUUGGCUUCUUUUCUUUUUAGCAGGGCUUUUUUAUUUUUCCUAUCACCUGUUGCUGUGACAGGUUGUUGAUUUGUUACAAUACCCAAUGUUUGUAAAUUUCUUAGUUUGUUUUGUUAUGAUAUUCAAUGUUUGUAAAAAUUGUCUUGAAAAUAUAUCCAAGUCAUGUCAUUAUAAGUCACUGAAUUGCUUUUUAGUUUAUCACUUCUAUAAUUGUUAUUAUUAAUUUUAGAAUUCACAAAUUGAACUCAUUUUUGAUGGUCUAUUUUUUAAUGAGAUACUUGCUUUUUUACAGUUCCAGGGUGUGUCCUCUAGUCUUGACCCAAGGACCCUAGACUUUUGGUUUUUAAGAGCUUUGCUUUGUAAUAUGAGGCUUGCAAUGGAAAAUUACCAUUCAUGUAAAACCCUAUUUAUUAAAGCUUGGUAAUUAACUCAAACUCACCACUUUAAAUACUCAGUGAUUUCAAUUUCAGUGCAAGGCUUUGUUCAAUCAGCACCUGGUGGCCCUUGGUGGCUAACAUUUGCUUCCGGGCAUUAUAGAAAAUCUUCCUCUUUCUAGCAGAAAUCAUAUGUUGGACACCCUGGAUUUCACAGGUUCAGAGCUCUGGGCUACUUUCAGUUUCUCUUUGGAGCACAGCCUUGCAGUGUUGCUCAGUGUCAAGAAAAUGUUUUCUCAACAGCUUAAUUUUCCUCAAAAAUGAAGUGUAUGUUUCCCCUUGGAAGUUGGAGUUAGCAAGGUUAUACCGUUUUGUUAUCUUGAUGUGAUCUUUACCUUACCCGUUAGGUUUAUUGCUACCCCAUUUGCACGAUAUCUUGGAGUACAAGACAAACCCUCAGUGUUUGUUCCAAAUACAUUCUGUGAGAAGGUUUACCAGACUAUUAGUAAAUCACCCAAUGCUGAAAGAAUUGAAGGAUUAUCAAAACAGCUCGGCUGGUCAACACGUGAGGUCAAAAGAUGGUUCAAAAAUCGCCGUCAGCAAUCAAAACCGUCUCUUAUGAGGAAAGCUACAGAGAGCAGGUAGGGAAAAACUGGCUUAACUAUUUAAGCUCUAUCACCAACAUAUAAAUUCUCCAGACUAAUCUCUGUACAUUGCCUAUGAAAACAAGUUGGGAGAAUUUGAUAAAAGAUCAAUGCAUUUCCCCUUUUGUGAUCAUUUAACCAAUUUUCACAGCCUUUUGCCUUGAUUAUGUACUGAUAUUGUUUGGAGAAAAUUUAUGUUGGUCAGGCUUGGGAGUUAAAGGGUUUUAAUUGGCUUUUUGUUAAUCAGAUUUGACUAAGAAUCCUGUUCCUUUUUCCCUUUUUAUGUUUUUAAUAAAUAGAGAUAACUUAUUACCACAUCCACACCUCAGCACUCUCUGCUCGACUCAUAAACAAUGUUUUGAACAGUUUUGCCUUGUUUUGGCCAGAUGGUUAUAAGAGAGAAUGGCUUGACUAGCUUCAGUCACCUUUUUAUACAAAAUGUCAAGGGCAAAUUAAUUAGCCAAGCAGAGCUACUUCAAUAAAAGAGUGUCAGCUUCAGGUCCUAAGAGUUUGUGGGGUACAGUCUAAGUCUGGUCCACAAGGGUUUCAGUAAGAAACGAUGGCCAAUGACCGAUGAAAAGCGUCGGCUACUUUGCCCACAGAGGUCAGCUACUUUUUCCUAGAAAGAAGAAGAAACUAGUUUGAAUAAUGUUGUAAGCGAGAAAUAUAUCAUAAAAUCAGAAUGAAAACGUAAUUAUGUGUUUUCAUAAAGGCCUACUGGUUUUACAUGAUGCCUUAGUCGUGUGAACGCUAUAUUUCAGUCAUUUUUUCACAAGUUUCUUUAUAGGUUUAUGCAGAAUUUGUUUACAUGCAAAAGUAUGUAAUUUAGCUUUCAUCCUUUGUUCAUUGCUUGCAGGAAUUGAUUGUGUGAUUGAUAAAUUGAAUGCUAAAUUUUCUUGAAUGAAACUCAUGCUCUUUUGUCCUCAUUUUAGAACUUUGAAGUUACAAAAUUUCCUGGGGCAGAAUGUGCUUAGCCUCCCCAGCCCCCUAGAAAAAGGGGACUAACGGCCCCUUGUGUUGAUACAGUCAGUUACUCUAUUCAAACCUGCUGGCUGGUUCAAUUUUUAUGGAAACCCCUGGGUCCACAAUAGCCCUGGCUGCUAAGCAAGCAAUGACCUAUGGGCAUGAUUGUUUUUUAAUUCCUUGUUUUAGUGCAGUUGUCUUCCCCUCCUCUCUUCCUCUCUUUCUCACUGCUAAGUAGGUGUGACGAGUGUCUGGAUGCCCUGUGCAGGGCACAUUGUGUGAGUUACAGGAAUGCCAAGUAUGUGAGCAAUGCAUUGUUAACAUUUACAUCUUUUGUUCUAUAUUGUAGUUGGAGAUUUGUCUUCUAUUUGGCAACAUCUAUUUAUGGACUUGUCAUAUUGUUUAAGGUAGCCCAUUGUUCUGUAAUGGGGUAUAUUUGGGAAGUAGUAAGAAAUGCAUUCCUCAGAAGACCAAACGCUGGCCUGUUUGUUGGCUUCAACAGGUUGCUUAAGCAGUGGCAAAAUAUUAUUUUGGAGUGUUCAGGGAAGGGAAGCCUUUUUUAUUCUUAUUGAAGUAGAUAGUGUUAGAAAAAUGUAUGAAAUGUUGUUGAGGUCAACGCGGCUCACCUAAUUUUGUGGAUCAUUGCAGCUAUGCUUCUUACAACCUUGGCUGAAACUCAUUUUAGGCUUAUAGAAUGGUUAAUUCAAGGCUUUGCGAGACUGUGAGACCCCGGUUUCAACAUUUGAGACUGAGACUUGAAAAAGUUGGGGACUCCAAGACGCAACAUCACCCGAAAAUGAGACAUUAUGACCCAUCACAAAUGUUCCUGAGAUUUCCGGCCAAAAUUUUUCCAAGACCCAGGUUUUUCCAGUAGCCACUCUAUACCCCUCAUUUUGCAGCCUGAGUUAGUUAGGUGUUGAGAUAAUGUAACACAUAAUGUAACACCAACUUUCUGGAAAUCCGUUUGAAAGAACAUUUUGCCCGUGGAGUGUGUUUUUCAUUCUUAGCAAGGUGACAUUAAUGUUUUUGAAGUUACAGGUUUAAACAUCCUUUUGUUUUACCACUUUGUUUAGGAGCCUUGGCUCUGGGAUCUGAGACACUGCUUCUUUGGUCAUGGCAAGCAUGUAGGUCCCAUGUUGCCUUGUAUUUACAUUACUACUAACUAGUAUACAUACUUCAUUCUUACUUAAAUGACAGGAGAAUCAAAAGUGGUAUAGUAGUUGAGGCUCACUAACCUACCCCCACCCAGCAGCCCACAUUCAAAUCAGAGGCUGAUCUAGGGGGAGGGUGCAGGGGGUGUGCAAUUCCCCCCUCCCCCUCCCCCUCCCCCUUGAGAUGACCUGCAGCUUUUAUAAUACAACUGGUAUUCUGCAAAAUAUGCAGAUAUGUAUGAUGUGUAUUCUCAGCAGUUCACAUUAUGUUAUUACCCAAUUCAAAAGCCUUCUUCGUUGUCGCGUUUAAAAGUUCUUUAUGUCACCAAUCAGUUUCACCAUUCCUUAAUGGUGCAUCCCCUCUUAAGAAAAAUCCUGGAUCUGCCCCCACAAAUUCCAAUUUUUUGGGGUUCUUAUUCUUCUUAUUCUAUAUGUCUUCUCCAACUGGUUAACACUCUAGUUUUCCCUUAUUAUUAAAACCAAGAUUUUUUUAAAUUCCAAGUUGAUAAGAAAUGGUCAAAAAAUUAAAAAUAAACAUGUGACUGUGCUUCCUCUAAAUCAUUAUUUAUUUAUUUAUUAUAUCAUGACAAUGGUUAUUGUUUUUUGUCUCUUUUCAGUCCCUCACGGAUGAAAUAUAUUACUACUACUUGUUUGAGACAGGGUUCUACGUGUCUUUAAUUAUAUCCUUGUUUGUUGAUGUUAAAAGAAAGGUUAGUAUGAAUCAUGUUUUCUUGCAUCUGCUAAGGAAUUUUGUCAUGUUUUGAAAGCUCUCUUGUCAUUUAAAAAUAGUUGGUAACAGGGCUAAGCACUUAGAGAACUCUGGUUUAGGUUAUAGUUUUUGCUUUCUCCAAUAAUUUUUGCUAAAGAUUGUGAUGAACUCCUAAUGUAUGAAUCACAAAAGAAGUUAACUUUAAAAAACUGUUCAAUGGCAAAAUUUAAGUGGCAUUAAAGUAGAGAUAAGAGGAUAAUUUUGACAAAAUGAUCCAGUAUUGUCAAUGAUGUUGUGAGCUUAAUAACUAAUUCUUGCUACUACUUUUUUUUAUUUUGCAGGAUUUUUGGCAAAUGGUUGUUCACCAUAUAGUUACGGUCCUGUUAUUAAUCUUCUCCUACUAUAGUGGUUUCUUCCGCAUUGGAUCUAUUAUCGUUUUGCUACAUGACUUGGCAGAUAUCUUUCUUGAGGUGGGUUUCAGCUGGCUGUCACCAGCCAAAUAGGGAUUGAUUGUAUUUCUGGAUGGAAAGUAGGCUUUAUUACCAAUUGCUAUUCGGGGCACUUUGCGGGGGAUCAACGACUGUCCCCAGUAGGGUGAUGGAAAUUGAGCCAAAUGGAGGUAGCAUGCCCACUUGGGACUCAUACUGCUGGGUUUACAAUCCAGGUUAGCACUAACCCAGGGUUAAAUUUUAACCCGGGCCUCUUUUUCUUUUCUUCAAAAGCAUUUUCUCAGAUUUUCUCUAUUCCAUUUAGAUUAGGUAAUCAUCAAAUCGUAGACAAAAUGAAUUAAACUGAAUCUGCAUUUAAGCUUUCAUAUCUGAAUUCAAAUUUUGUACUAACCCUGGGUUAGGUUAACCUGGCUUUGAACAACUCAACCCGGCAGGGUACCCUGGUUUGAGCCAUGACCUCACCACCAGGCAGGCUUUUAGCCAGACAUUGGACACUGGCCGUCCAGAAGGCGGGCAUGUUUUCCCAUAGAAUUAUAAGAGAUUAAGUGAAUUUUCCUUGUAUUUCUUCCAAACGUGGGCGUCUAAAGUACUGCUGGACUCCCUUCUGGCUAAAACCUUGCCACCAGAUGGAUUUGUUUUAUUUCUUAUCAUUGCCAUUAUUAAAUAUAGUCCCUCAAUUUCCUAUUUUCAUGUAAAAAGAGAGGCCACUGGGACAGGUGGUGGCUCAAUAUAGGGCUCAUGGUAUGUUUUGUUACAUGUACUUUAACAGUUGGAUCACUGAAUAGGCCAUUUGCACCGAGAGGUCAUAUGACAUCGUUUUUAUGAAAAUGAAAGUUAUAUGAUUUUUUCUUCCAAAAAUGAUUAAUGGGUCAUAUCUUAAACAAAAUAAUAGUGAUUUGGUUUGUCAAACCUGCAUUAUUUUCUUAAAAUGGCUAAGUUCGUAGCUGAUCAUGUGACCAGAAGGUGUUUUUUAAAACUACGAAUUACCUCUUUCUGAACUCAAAUUUUACACUUUAACUUGAAGGAAAUUGUUGACAAGAUGAUGUGGGAACGUUAAUAGCACAUCUGAGCGUAACUAUCAAACGUUUAACAAGAUAUAAGUCAAAAGUAGUUUUGGCUGCCAUGUUGGAGUGCAAGAGUAUGCCCAUCCAACAUGGCGGCCAAUACAAAUCAUACUACUUUGUUGAAAAAUCAAAGUGCCAUAAAAUAUCUCCCUUGAAUGCGUUUCCUCCCAAAUUUCGGGUGUAAGGUAAUUUUUAUGUGCUUGGUCAAUUUUUGGCGUCAACAAGAUUCCAACUCAUGGUUUAAAAGAAGCGUGGGUCACGUGACCUCUUAGUGCAAGAGGCCUAUUGAUGGGGCUUGGGUGUCUGGCACAUCCUUUGUUUUUACUACAGGGCCAGGAUGCCUUUUUCAAGUCCCCAACAUUUUCAGUAAUAGUUGUUAUAGCAUGGGUCUGAUAUGUGAUAUAGACAUGUGACAUACAGUGUAUGCACUGCAGUCCAAUGUUGAGGGUAGCUUUGACAACCCUGUGAGGGUGACCACUAGUGUGGCAUUAAUUCACACUGAAAUAUAGCAAAAUCCACUAGCCUCAGGCUAUUGGAGCCGACUGACUUUCUUUGCACUCUGCCCAUUCUAAACCAUCAUCCAAACACCCUUUGAGUUUAAUUACUGGUACCCUAACUUGCAUUCGGCCAAGUUUAAUCAUGUCUUUUUUUUUUGCAGUCAGCAAAGGUGUUUAACUAUGCUAAGUGGGAGGCAACCUGCAACAUAGCAUUUAUUUUGUUUGCUCUGAUAUUUAAUUCAUCAAGACUGGUUUAUUAUCCAUUUUGGUAAGUAAAAAGGUGAUCUGCUUUGAUGCAGUUCUCACAUUCAGUCAAGGAGCCUUAGAAACAAAUUUAUACGGUGUAAUCACUCGCAAAAUUGAUGUAACCUUUAUAACAGUGUGUUUGCAUCAAACCAUUUGAUUUUGAUAUUGUGCAAAUGAAAAUGGGCCAUUCUACCUGACAUUUUAGUAAUGAUGUUCUUUAAAUUUUUACAGCUAUGCCCUCAUAGAUUCCAGUAGUGAAUUUAUCAAUAUUUAUAAUCAAGUUCAGAUAUAACACGCACUCUGAUUGGUUGCAAACGUGAUGCCAUCUGCCAAUAGUUUGUUUUGAAAAUUAGAAAGUACUAUGUGGGGAAUUAAACCGAUGCUUUAUAAUAAUACAAAGAAAGAAGUCUUGACUGUGCUAGUCACUUCCUGCGUGCUUUACAACAGAACAGAGCACUGUCAAGGCAUCUUAAUUUGUUAAUUAUAAAUUGAACCUUUAGUCAUAACAUUGUAGCCAUAAAGGCUGGUUUUCACUAGCGACGGAGUCGGAGUCGUAAGCGGAGUCGUAAGAGCGCUUAUGACCUGGUGAAAAUCAAAAAUCGGAGUUAUAAGCGGAGUCAUAAGCGCGACGGAAUCAGAGUCAGAAGAAUCAGAACGUUUCCAUUUUCUUCCGACUCCGCUUCCGACUCCGUCACUUACGUUCCACUUAUGAUCUAGUGAAAAAUAGAUUGUCGGAGUCGGAAGCAGAAGUGGAAGGAUAAGCCAAUCAAAAUGCACGUUCCCACCCUUUGUGAUUGGUUUGGUUCUUCUGCUCCUGCUUCCGACUCCGACAAUCUGGUUUUCACUAGAUCAUAAGUGGAACGUAAGCGACGGAGUGGUAAGCGGAAUCGGAACGCUGUUUUCACCAGAUCAUAAGCUCGACGCUUCUGAUUACGACUCAGACUCCGACUCCGUCGCUAGUGAAAACCAGCCUUAAGAUUUGUUUCUGUAUUGCUGCUUGUGUUAUGAAAGUGAAAACUGAAUAUGGAUUGAAUCUUUUUAUGUGGGGUGGAGAAAGCAGAGCUUAGGACAGCACCUGGAUGAGCCAUUUCCAAGUUCCAAAAUCUUGUACUUUCAAAACGACAUUAAGUGCAAAACCUUUUUUUGUGAAAAUAAGUUUCAUUUCCAUUAGAAUAAGAAGCCAUUUUCAUAUCAGUGGCUUUGCAGUCAGCCUAGCUUUGAAACAGAGUCUUUGGGUACCUUGGAAAAAUGACUUAUUUACUUGUUUUUGGUGUUUUUUCUUGUUGAUGCAGGGUACUGCAUACUGUGUACUACUCUCCAAGUUAUUGUGGUCCAUUUAAAGCUUGGCCUUAUUUCAUGGGACUUCUCCUAUGUUUGCAGGUAAUUAAUUGAAAUUUAAAUCCCAUGCAGGGAAUAAACAGUGUGUGCUGCCAUUAUGUGGUCACGUUGUGAGAACUAAAAUUGGAUGUCUAAAUAUGGAACUGAAAAUGUUGGUCAGGGCAUAAAUCAGCCAAUCAUGGCUCAGGCUGCAUCCUGUAAACUGCCGAUGAUUAGCGCCCCCCCCCCUUUACCUGUAAACAAAAAAUACACCCAAUUAUGAGCCCUCUCCCCCCAGAUAUAUAUCCCCUCUAGUUUAUAUUGAUUUAUUAUAUGACAUUUUAAAGCUUAAUUACUAGUACGGAGUGCGGGCAACAGCAAACGAAGGUCAAAACACUUUUGCUCCAUUGCUGUGCUUUGCAUAAGUUUUACUAGCGAUGGAUAGUAAAAACACGCGUGAUCAGAUUAUGAGUGAUAGAAGGUCCAAACCCGCAUGAUCAAAUUGCAUUCUGUGCGUUGCAUUCAUUCUUACUGGAAGUCCAAAUGAAUGCUGGCUACAUACAUGCCACACAUGCAUAAUAACAACCUGCAGAUUAGGAUUGCGGGCUCCUCUUGUUGCCUGCAAAAAACCCCAGUAAAUUCAAGCUUUUAAUCAGCUUUGCUAUAGCUUGUUUCAAAACGCUUUUUCUAUUCCGGUUAUAACACCCCUCUGAUACAGCCCCUGCGUUUAUAGUCCCUCCUAAAACCUUUCGAAGAUGUAUAAGCCCAAGACAGUUUACAGAAUGUGACCGGAUAUUUUUCUUGUUGCAUGGGAUGUCUGCUAUGAUAAUUGGAGGCUGCGGCAGCUGUUGGUUGAAAAAUGAGAAUUCAGAGUUUGCAUUUCAUUGAAAGUUCAUUAAAUUUCAGCAUGGAACCUUUUACUCCUAAAUUCUAAUUUUUUUAUAUAUUAUAAUUGCAGUCUUAUCCCUUAACUUUAUUUUCAACACAAUUUCAGUUACUGUUGCAGUAAAAUUUUAUAGUUCCCAUGCCAGCACUUCCUUUUACAGUAAAGUUCUUACUUAUUGUUCUUAAAAAAAUUGGUGGUUGGUAAUGCUCUUAUCAUUAUUAUUUCAGGUUCUUCACAUGUAUUGGUCUUACAAGAUUGCCGAGAUGGCCUUGUCUUUUUUUAGAAAAGGAACGGUGAGUUGAGCUCUUCGGUAGAGCAGACAUACUGUAUGUACUCCCUGAAAAAUGUGUCAUUUCUAAGGAAUAAGUGUAUGAGGCUAUGGAACAGGGCUAUGGUGAGGUGCACUCACUUAUAAGUAAAAAUCUUUCAACCAGAAAGAUGUCAUUAAAUGACUGUUACAUCAUUAACGUGGGACAAGAAAAAAUAGUCUUGAGUCUCUGCAAAAAGAUUUGAAUCAAUGAUCCCCCCAAACACCAGGCAUGCACUCCAACCACUGCACUGUAAGAAGGCUUGAAGGGAGUAAGGCCAUCUAGUAGUUUUGUAUGUGCCACGGUCCCUGUGUAAUGCUAGGAUCAGCAGUCUAGUGGGGAGGGGGGGAGGGGGCACUGAACAAAUUUUUAUCCGGCAAAGCUGCGCCAUGAUCGAGGUCCAACUCCUUACCCUUUUAUAUACCAUCUUUGACAGAAAAGGUUUCCCCUUUUACAUGUAAACCAAGUUUACAACUUUGCAUCCCUUUUAACCCUUUCAGCCCUAAGAGUGAUCAGCAUCAAAUUUCUCUUUGUAAUAUCAAUGCUUUGUAAAACAGAAUGGUCAUGAGAAUUACAGACCUGAUCACACAUGAUGAAUUUGCUUGAUGUAUUAUCAACUUCUCACCACUACUUCUGUAGGAAGUGAAUAGGGACAACAAAUGAGAAUUCAAAUUUUGAUCUUAGGGUUUAAAGGGUUAACUACUGUAAAUGCACUGUCUUUGAAAUUUGAAAAAAUCACAAACCACGUUUUUUUCUCUCUUUUUCACAGCGGUAAAUUUUUACUAUUCGCCCCUUUAGGUUGUUUUACAGAUCAUGGAAAUAACAUAUUUUCUAACCCUUUUAAAUACUUCAACUAGUGAAAUCUCUACCCUUUCAUAUUCCUGAGGUCCUGAAAAAGAUACCCCUUUAUGGGUGGAGCCUCCCUGUAUAGGCGGGCCAUUAUGGGGAACACCACCCCUGCCCCCACCCCCGCAAGGUCAGCAAUGUUGAAGGCGUAUUGUUUGGUGAAAAAUAAAGAAAGGAGGCCAAUAUUUUGGUAAUACAUGCGGUAGUUUGUAUUUGACAUUCUUCCCAUACACAAGUGAGCUUAAACCUUGCAACCUUAUGAUCAUGAUUCUGUUUGUUAAAUUUGUGACAUAUUUGUUUGUCUGCAAGGUUGAGGGAGAUGUACGCAGUGAUGAAGAAUCAGGACCAGAAGAAGAGAAAGCAGAAAUUAACAAAGUAGAUGGCGUUUUGGACAAUAAGAAAAAGCUGCAGUGAAGAACAGUGAGCAGUCCAGUGAUUUUAAAAGAGAGGGCUCUGUAUUACAUCAGCAUAAAUCUCUUAUUCUUUCUUAGGUCAGAUGCAAAUGGAAGUGUCUUGACAUUUGACAAAGUUCAAAUGUGUUUCUUGUAUUUUCUCAAGAAAAGGACUUUGUAGUCUGUCUAAAAUUUACCCUUUGGGUUUUUUAUUUUGUUAAGCCCAAGUUAUUAAAUCUAAAAGAAAAAUAACUACAAAUUUUGUUUUGAAAAUAUUGAAAAAAUGAAGAGAACAAUUUUUUUCUUGUUGGGUAGUGCAGCUCAGGGUGCAGAGAAAGUCAGUUUUUUAGCUUGCCCUUUGGGCAGGUACUGGCCCAAGAAUCAUCUUAACCAGUGGAAAAAUGUUUUUGAUAUGCAGGAUCUAUGAUUAAUUUAUUAUUAUUUAUUAAUAUUUUAUUAAUUACACUGGUAGUUUUUUGAUUACUCUCUUCAUCAAUUCAUUGUAAUUAGAAUUUAAUAUCGUAAUUUCACUUUGUCAGAUCAGCUUGAAAAACAGCUUUCCAUCCAAAGGAAUUUAUUGGGAAUUUAGACAUUAUAGUCUUAAAAUAGUACUUCUGUAAUUUUAAAUUCCCCCCAAAACACUCCCUCUGGCCCACUGGGUGAUAAGUUAAGAACAUAACUUUCUUUGCAUACUGCAGCUCUAUGAACAUUGCCAAAGUACUGCUAAUUGGCUCCCUUUAUGGUUCUAUGUAGGCAUUGUCAUUUUCACAAAUGCAAAACUUUGAAAGACCUUUUAAAGCUUGGUAAAUAACCCCUUCACUCCCAGUUGCCCAACAGUAGCCAGUGGAAAACAAUUCACAAAAAUUCCAAAUUUCACUUUGUUAAAAUACAUGGAAACAAAUAGUGUCAUGCAGUAGUUCUGCCCAAGAGGUCUCAUCUGUGUCUAUAUGCAGAGAGCACUUGACCCUUUAAGCCCCAAGAUCCACAUACAAAUUCUCCCGACUGAUCUCUAUACAUUUCUUUUAAGAAUAGUUGAGAGAAUUUGGUUUAAGAUCAAAGCGUUGUCCCUUUUGGUAAUCAAUUAAGUAAUUCUCAUAACCUUUACCCUUGAUGAUCUGCUGAUGUUGUUAGGAGAAAAUUGAUGUUGGUCAGUCUUGUGAUCUCAAGGCUUUUUACUAUGAUAACACUCUAUCUACGCAAAAGUACCUUUAUAGACCACAUGCUUACCCUCGGGAAUUCUUAUUCCUGUGAGAAGUUAUAACAUCUUUGGUAAAAUAAGACUCGGUAUACAUUUGUAUAUGUUCCUAGUGAUAUUAUUGAAAUGGAAACAUUAUUUCCCACAUGGUGACUAACAUUUGGCUGACACGUGAAAAAAGAAAAUAUGUCAGCACUUUGUUGAUGAGGUUACAGUUUUAAGUCAUCUUGGUUAGAGAUUCGUUUUUGCUGUUCGCUACUUAAAAAGUUAUUCUUUCUUAC